CUCUUCCUUCAAGCUCCCAACAAUGGCGACGGAGCUUAACCCUAAGAACUUCCCUGUUCUCUCUUACGUCUUAGAUCGUCUCCCUUCCUUCACCGCCAAAUCCUCUUCCUCUUCCGAUGUCGACCCACUACCAUCCAAAUCCGAUCCUUCUUCAUCAUCAAACCACUCUAUCGAGAUCGUGACUCAGAUGCCUCACUUGGCUCAUCCUGAUGUUCUUGCCUCCAUGACUAACGCUAUCGCCGACGUUGCUCAGACCCGAUCCGUUCUUCGAACCCUAGGACCAAGACCUGAUCACGAAACCGUCGACAAAGCUCGUGCCAGGCUCCGCGAGAUCGACGCGUCUUUGUCGGAAUCUUUCGAAGAGAUCGCUCUCUCUCCGAACGAUAUUGACGUGGCGGAGAAGGAACAGAAGAGGAGAGAAGCUGUGGAUCAAGAGAAGACUUGGUAUAACUCGAUCCUUAAGCUUAAUGAGCUUCAUGAAUCUUAUGAGAAGCUUUUGAAAGAAGCAGAAGAGAGGCUCGUGAGGAUCUAUGAGUCCGCCGAGAAGAAUGCGGCGGCGGUGGCGGAGGAGGAAGCUGCGGUAGUUGAAGUCAAUGAAGAGGUUGUGAGUAUACUGCAGCAAGCUUCGGAGAAUCCAUUGGACCGAGUUGAUUUGUCUGGUCGGAAAUUGAAAUUGCUACCUGAAGCAUUUGGAAAGAUUCAAGGUCUCCUUGUUCUUAAUCUCUAUAACAAUCAGCUUCAGGCUAUUCCUGAUUCGAUAGCUGGUUUGCAAAACCUUCUCGAACUCGAUGUGUCCACGAAUUUCCUAGAGACAUUACCCGAUUCGAUCGGUUUAUUGUCAAAGUUGAAGAUUUUGAAUGUCUCUUGUAACAAACUCACAACUUUACCAGAUUCCAUCUGUCAUUGUGGAUCACUGGUUGUCUUGGAUGCGAGCUACAACAAUCUCACCUACUUACCAACAAACAUUGGAUUCGAGCUAGUGAAAGUAGAGAAGCUCUUGAUCCAUCUCAACAAAAUCAGAUCAUUACCAACUUCCAUUGGUGAAAUGAGAUCCUUACGCUACCUCGAUGCACACUUCAACGAACUCAACGGUCUCCCAAAUUCUUUCGGGCUGCUCACAAACCUCGAGUACCUUAACCUGAGCAGUAACUUCAGCGAUCUCCAAGAUCUACCUGCUUCAUUUGGCGAUCUCAUAAGCCUCCAAGAACUCGACUUGAGCAACAACCAGAUCCAUUCUCUUCCAGACGCUUUUGGCACGCUCGUGAACCUGACCAAACUGAACUUGGACCAAAACCCGCUCGUGGUCCCGCCUGAGGAAGUCGUGAAACAAGGCGUGGAUGCGGUUAAAAUGUAUAUGGGUAAGAGAUGGGUCAGUAUGUUGGAAGAGGAAGAGAAGCUGGCGAAUAUGAAGGAUGAGAUGGAUCAGACAAACACCGAUUGGCUCACUCGAACCACAUCGAAGCUGAAAACGUAUGUUACUGAGGUCUCAGAGUAUCUUGGCUCGAAUUCGCCUAGAGAUCCUUACCUUGACCAGCAGCUAUGAAAUGGUUUUGAGCUUCACAUUUUCUUGAUAAUGGAUGUCUCAAGAAUCAGUUUCCAAAGUGAUCUUCAGUCUUGAGUUUUCCUGCCGCUGCUGCUCUGUUUCGGUAUAUAGAAUUUUCUCUUUAUUUGUUUCUAGUUUUUAAUGUUGUUAUUCGUAUUUUUCUCAUAACAAUUCAUCUAUUUGUUUACUUUUUUUUCUAAAAGAAUGUAUGUUCCUUCAACAGUUUUAGAGAUGGUAACAGAAGUUUUUUUUUCAAGAUUAGGAAUGUAUGGAGCUUUAUUACAAAAAAAAAUCUUGAAAACUAUAAAGGAUUUAAAAUAAU